AUGGAUUCUGAUCAAUCGCGACAAGGACUUAACCCGAUUCUGGGAACCGGUUUAGACCUUGCGUACCAGAAAUUCCGACACGUCACCGGAAAUGGCCAUUCUACCCCCGCGACGGAUGGAGCCUCCCCCCGCAAGCACCGCCCUUCGCUGAGCAAGAAAUCAUCGGCGCGACCGCCUAUGUAUUCCCCCGCAGCCUUGACCAGCCAGACCUCGAGCGUCGCAACGGAACCUGUAACCCGGGAUGAAAAAGACUCGAGUGGGAGGAACGGCCACGAGGAUCCUCAAAGCAUCCUGUUUUACCAGGUGUACGAGUGGUUGCGGCGUGAGCAGGCGAAGCGCAAGAACCUCAAGCCGAAGGCCUUUGGACAAACGGACGGGGCUGGCAGCGACGGAGACGACGAGGAUGACGAGGCCGUCGUAGAUGGAUAUCCCCUGGAAGAAACCGUUUCUCCCGCGGCGGAAAAUGGCAUUGCCUUGGAUCGGUUGGAGAAAAUCCUCCUCCAAUACGCCACCACUCGCAGCGAUACCAGCGCGUCUGAGCAACCUACCCAACGCACAGGCCGCCGACGUCAUCGGUCCAAGGGGCUGCGGAGAGGGUCUGCGUCUGAAUCGGACUAUCCGGACCUUGAUUCGGCAGCCCCAAGUGUUGAUGCGGUGCUAGAUAACUCCAAGACACUCGCGUACACUGGCGGCGCUGCAGACGACGAGGAAAGUGAGAGUGGCGCCAAUAUUAGGCGAUCCAAGGACCGGGAUGCAUGGACGGUGUUCAAGACCGAAAUCAUGCGCCUGACCCAUACUCUGCAACUCAAGGGGUGGCGUAAGCUUCCCAUGGAGUAUGCCGGUGACAUUGAGGUCGUUCGCCUCAGCGGUGCAUUGACCAACGCGGUAUAUGUUGUCACUCCACCGCAGAACAUCCCGGCUCCCAAGGCCGAGGACGGCUCAUACACUCUGGUGCCGCGGAAGCCCCCAUCCAAACUCCUACUGCGCAUCUACGGUCCACAGGUGGAUCAUUUGAUCGAUCGUGAGAAUGAACUGCAGAUCCUUCGUCGGCUCGGAAAGAAAAACAUCGGACCGAAAGUGCUUGGGACGUUCAUCAACGGCAGAUUCGAAGAAUACUUCAAUGCCCGUCCGCUAACCUUUGAAGAUCUGCGGGAUCCCGCUACCAUGAAGCAGAUUGCCAAGCGUAUGCGAGAGCUCCACGAGGGCAUUGACCUGCUGGAAGAGGAGCGAGAGGGCGGACCGAUGGUGUUCAAGAACUGGGACAAAUGGGUUGAUCGGUGCGAGAAGGUCACCAACUGGUUGGACAAAGAGAUCUGCUCCAAAACCAACGAUAUCAAGGCACUCUCAGAGCCGUGGAGACGGCGAGGGUUCGUUUGUGGGGUCCCAUGGCCUACCUUCAGGAAGGCUGUGGAUAACUAUCGCCAGUGGCUCGUCUCCAGCCAUGGUGGGAUCAAUGAGAUCAAGCGGCAGCUCGUUUUUGCCCAUAAUGAUACUCAAUACGGCAACCUUCUGCGGAUGGAACCUAGCUCCGAAUCGCCACUGCUUCGCCCGGAGAAUGAGCAUAAGCAGCUAGUAGUCAUUGAUUUUGAGUAUGCUUCGGCGAACACUCCAGGAUUUGAAUUCGCCAACCAUUUCACGGAGUGGUGCUACAACUACCACGACCCAGAACGGUCCUGGGCAUGCAACAACAAGGCCUUUCCGACACCGGAGCAGCAGCGUCGCUUUAUCAGCGCCUACCUCACUCACCGACCGGCUUUGGCCGGACAGGCCUCCCCGUCCAUCACUCCGCUCAUGCGCGGAAUGUCUUCAACCAGCACGUCUAUGGCACCAUUUAGCCUAGACGACGGCCCGGACAUGGAAGCUCAGAACGCGGCUGAGACUGAAAGGGCUCACGAAACCAAGACUGAGCGAGAAAUCCAAUCCUUGAUGAAAGAAAUGCGACAGUGGCGGGUCUUCAACUCGGCGCAGUGGGUGGCAUGGGGUAUCGUCCAAGCCAAAGCCCCGGGCAUGGAGGAAGGCAUCGCCGCCGACGAAGCGGGCACGCACAUCAGCCAUGACGACUCGGCGACGGAGACCGAACGCACCCACUCAACCGGGUCGUCUGUCACGGAAGCCGAGGCCGAAGAGUCGGAUGAAUUCGAUUACCUGGCGUACGCGCAGGACCGGGCCAUGUUCUUCUGGGCGGAUCUGCUGUCGAUGAAGCUGGUGCGCGAAGACGAAUUGCCUGCAGCUCUGGUUGAACAAGUCAAAUCUCGGGUUAUUGAGUAUUAA